AAGGAGGAGCUGAGCGCGCUGUGCAAACGCGGAACGUUUCAGAACCUAACAUUUCGAAGCUCUACAACAGAUUUUUUUUAUUUCGUGACUUUACGGCAGACUAUAGAAACCCACAAUGUCUAAAAGAGUAGCUGUAGUUACAGGGGCAAAUAAAGGCAUCGGUCUGGCGAUUGUGAAAGGGUUGUGCAAAGCAGGUUUCAAUGGUGAUAUACUCCUUACUGCACGGAAUGAGAAACUGGGACAAGAUGCGGUUGCUGGACUGAAAUCUGAGGGAUGCAAAAACGUAAUCUUCCAGCAACUUGAUAUAUGCGACCAAGGAAGCUCUCUGAAACUGAAGAAGUUUCUGGAGGAGAAGUACGGCGGCCUGGAUGUUCUUAUUAACAACGCGGGAAUGGCCUUCAAACAUUCAGCAACCGAGCCAUUUGGAGAACAGGCUGAGGUGACCAUGCGCACCAACUUCUGGGGAACACUGUGGGUGUGCCAUGCUCUUCUGCCGAUACUUCGACCCAAUGCUCGGGUGGUCAACGUGUCCAGCUUUGUUAGCAAGAAAUCCCUUGACCAGUGCAGUUCUGAACUACAGGCAAAAUUCCGAAAUAAAGAUUUAUCUGAGGAGGAGUUGUGCCUGCUGAUGGGAGAGUUUGUUCAGGCUGCACAGGCAGGGGAUCAUACGGCUCAGGGCUGGCCAAACACUGCCUAUGGUACCACCAAGAUUGGUGUGACUGUGCUAUCAAGGAUCCAGGCUAGAGUUCUUACCGAGACAAGGCCAGGUGAUGGUAUCCUCCUGAAUGCUUGCUGUCCAGGAUGGGUGCGAACGGACAUGGCUGGAUCAAAUGCCACCAAGAGUCCAGAGGAAGGGGCAGAAACUCCUGUUUAUCUGGCAAUGCUGCCUGAAGGAGUCAAAGAGCCACACGGACAGCUAGUGUGGGACAAGACUGUACAGGAAUGGUAGCGUGAAGAAAGGAGACGUCAUCAGUUUAUUCCAUCUGAAAAGAAUGUCAUGGUUACAUCUGAUAGUAAAUGACUUUUCCAAAAUAUGCUGACAUGAAAAGAAUACUGUAAACUUCUACCACAUUAAAUUACAUUUUGAAAAGCUCUGAUAUGUAAUUGCUUCACUUUUCUUGAAAGUAACUGCGUGAUUUAUGAUUUAUAGAUAUCAGCUCACCAUAUCUUAUUUUCAGUAUCUGUUCAAUUUCUAGGGUCAUUUUGUUUAUCUAGCUAAGAUAAACAGAAGAUAAACUGAUUUUGGUCUUGAAUGGUUCUUCCACAGAACAGAUUUAACCAUCUGUACAAACCAAAAUCUCUAUAUACAUUCCUAUUUUGUGAAGCAAAAUGCAUAUUUAGUUUGCCAAAACAUUUGUGAUCUUAAAUUGUAUCCAUUAAAAUGAUUUGUUGUAAGCUUGA